AUGUCGAGACUUCGAGAUGUUGAGCGACAGAGCCCGGUGAAUCAUGCGUUUGACAUACUCAUUACUGACGUUGAUGCUGUCAAGGAGCAUCACAAGAAUCCCGACUACAAAUAUCGGAGUGCAGACAAGAUCAAGAGUGCUCUGCACCUGCUGGCCCGACAGUACAACCUGCAGUAUAAGCCAGACAGACGUACGAAGACACCAUUGUCACCACUCACGGGUCAGAAACUGUUCGACCUGAUCAAGAACAAACUCAGCUUGACCGAACCCGCCCUCGCUCCGUUCUGGAAGACUGGAUCCGAAUUCGAUGCCAUACCACUUAAAACUUUCAACGAAAUUCGACAAUACAGCAACUACGCCCAGAAAGCGUACAGCAUGAUCCCUCAUGGAUUCGCAUCCGUCACUUGGCGACACUCUGAAGUGGAGAAGAUGUUACUGGAGUUUGAGCUCUCCGAUGCUUCUUUCAUGCACCCAGACUCCCGGGAUCAUAACGACUCAACGCGUUACUCCACUCCUUCGCAGCAACCUGAGGACUUGUCUACGAGCUUGCCGGGACCUGCGGUUCUUGGCAAGCGAUCUGAAGGGCAGGCCAACCCAGACUGGGAAGCGGAAGAUCCUAACACCGAGCAAUCGAAAGACACAACGAUGGUCCCGCCGAAGCCACCAAAGCGCCGCCGGACAGAGUCCAAGUCUGGCGAAAACCUCCAACCCAUCGACCUGAGCUCGACGACAGGAUCAGAUGUUCAACAGACUACCAUGUCCACCCGCGAGGACGAGUUCGACAUCAACGAGGUCACCAACGCCAUGAAACGUCUUUCUGGGGAGCUCGGCACCUUCGUGACUCAGCUCUUCAAGCAUUUCCAUCUCCAGCAAGACUUGGCUGUGGUCUUCGACCCCAAGAUCAAAUCAAACGGUUUGCAACAACUGUACAAGGCCUGCUGGGGCGAUGAGUGGCGGACUGUGGUCAAGCAGAAUCGCAAGCUACUCUCCGCGUCCGAUGUCGUGCAGUCUCUUGUAUCGGCGUACCUUCACCUCCACGUCUUCCAGUCCGAUGACACCCAUUGUAUUGAGCUGGCCAAGUCGAUGGAGGCAAACGCGGCUUACACAUUGGUGAAAGACGUGCUCAGACCAACAUUCCGCCUGAAUGAUCAGAACGUCAGCAGCGCGCUCUCCACGAUGCUUCUCAACGGCGACAUUGCACAAUUCCAGCACUACCACAACAUUCUCAUGCAACAAGUCCCCCUCUACAUCAUCAACCACGAAGACACAGGCAAGAGGGCCUGCAUCACCUUUGCCAACGAGCUCUUCGACACUCUUGAGCCUCUGAUCAGUCAACUCAGCAGAGUCGCCGAAGCCUGCAAUCCAGACGAGGAGUUUGCAGACUGGAAGACGAAGCUUGAGAUUCCAGCCUAUCAGUUGAUGGAUCAAGCAUUCCAGGUCAAGCGGAACGCGGCGCCGAACAGCGAGUACGUAUUUGAGUACGUCUGGCGACAGAACGGCACGCCGGUCGACCCUGACUUCAUGGAGGCAAAGGCGCCCAGCGCUGUUGGCGUUCCUGUUGUGGUCCUCACGACUCUGGUUCCAGGUCUACUGUAUCAGCAGAAGGGUCAAAAGAACUGGUUUACGGUACAGCCAGCAGAGAUUCUUGAGAAGGUCCAGGACGACAGGUCGGCUCAGGUACAAGUGCAUCAAGGAAUGUGA